AUGAGCGCUCCACAAGGGCAAGGCGGCGACGCCGAGAAGAACAUCGAGAUAUGGAAAGUGAAGAAGUUGAUCAAGCGCCUCGAAGCGGCGCGUGGAAACGGCACAAGCAUGAUCUCGCUCAUCAUCCCGCCCAAGGAUCAGAUUUCUCGCGCGGCGAAGAUGUUGGCUGAAGAAUUCGGCACUGCCUCCAACAUCAAGUCUCGUGUCAAUCGUCUUUCGGUCCUGUCGGCCAUCACCUCGACCCAGCAGCGGCUGAAGCUGUACUCCAAGGUUCCUCCGAACGGCUUGGUGGUAUACUGUGGUGAAAUCAUCACCUCCGAGGGCAAGGAGCGCAAAAUCAACAUCGACUUUGAGCCCUUCAAGCCCAUCAAUACCUCGCUAUAUCUGUGUGAUAACAAGUUCCAUACUGAGGCACUUAGCGAGCUGCUGGAGUCUGAUCAGCGCUUUGGGUUCAUCGUCAUGGAUGGCAAUGGAACUUUGUUCGGCACUCUGAGCGGCAACACUCGUGACGUUAUUCACAAGUUCUCGGUCGAUCUUCCCAAGAAGCACGGUCGCGGUGGGCAGUCCGCUUUGCGUUUUGCCCGUCUCCGUGAAGAGAAGCGACACAACUACGUCCGCAAAGUAGCCGAGCUAGCGGUUCAGAACUUCAUCACCAACGACAAGGUCAACGUCGCAGGACUCAUCUUAGCCGGCUCUGCCGACUUCAAGAACGAUCUCAAUCAGUCCGAUAUGUUUGAUCAGCGUCUACAGACGAAGGUAAUCAAAGUUGUCGACGUGUCCUAUGGUGGCGAGAACGGGUUCAAUCAGGCUAUUGAACUUUCCUCGGAAACAUUGAGCAACGUCAAGUUCAUCCAGGAGAAGAAGCUCAUCAACAAAUACUUCGAUGAGAUCUCACAAGACAGCGGCAAAGUCUGUUACGGUGUGGAAGACACUCUCAAGGCACUCGAGCUCGGCGCUGCGGAGAUCCUCAUUGUCUAUGAGAAUCUAGAGAUCACUCGCUGGACCCUGAAGUCUUCGGAGGGCGGCGAGGUCAUCCUCCAUACUACCAAGACUCAAGAGGCGGAUCGCUCGCUUUUCAUGGACAAAGAGACGGGUCAGGAAAUGGAAGUCGUCGAUCAGAUGCCCUUCCUCGAAUGGCUGGCCGAGAAGUACCGCGAUUUUGGUGCUACUCUUGAAUUCGUCUCCGACCGCUCCAGCGAAGGCAACCAGUUCGUCAAGGGCUUUGGUGGCAUUGGCGCCAUUCUUCGCUACAAGGUCAAUUUUGAGCAGCUGGCUGAUUUCGAUGAUGAGGAUGAAUUCUAUGACGUGAGCGAGGACGCACGCCCAGAGAACGCCGAGUCAGGCACUUGGACGGCUCCUCGCUCCCAGCGUCCUCAGGACGCCCCUUGGUCCAGGGAAUACGGCCGCAACGACAUCCCAUCGGGCUGUGCCAAGUUGUAG